AUGAUCUCGGCGAGCCUCCCCGGCGAGGCGCUGGUCCAGCUGAGGCAGCUGCAGCUGAGCCACCUCUACCCUCCCCCGACCAUGACUCCGGAGUUCCUGGCUCCGCCGCCGCGCCCGUACCCGCGCUACGCGCCGCGCCGGCCACGCGACCCAAUGCCCGCGCCUCCCGCGCCUCCCGCGCCCUUCCCUCCUGUACCCAACACCUACCCCCACUUCCUCCCGCACCCUGCCUCCUACGCAUCCUACCUGUACCGAGCCCGCGCGCCGCAGUCGCCGGCCUACCAUCCGCUGCGUCCUCGCCCCACGUCGGGCUUCGUGCCUCCGUCGCCGGCGCCACACUCGCCGCACUCGCCGCCCGUGUCUGCGCCCGCGCCGCAACCUCCACCCAGAGAGGAGCCUCCAACAUCUCCAGAACGCGGUGCCCCAACUCCUCACUUCUGCCGGGGCGCGCUCAUACGGCUGGAGGAUGGCACACUACGGCGCGUAGAGGAGAUGCGUACAGAGGACUUCGUGAUGAGCGCCGAACGCACCGGCGACCUGGCGCUCACGCAGUGCACGCUGUUGCGGCUCGAUGAGCGAGGAGAUCGCCUAGCGCUCACAUUUACUUAUGAUAGAAAUCGCUCACAGGUGGAGCUAGAAUCAACAGUAGAACAUCCAUUUUUCGUGUACGGGCGAGGUUGGGCGUCGUGCAAACCUGAGCGUACACUAGCGAGAUAUGGAUUAAGAGUACAAAGGUUGCAAGUUGGUGACGUCUGCGUAUCGUUAGUCGCACGCAAGCAUACGGUGCCUUCUACCCCAAUGGGAACCGCUCUCGCAACCGCACCGCCUCAAACACACCCAGAGAACCUCAGUGUAAAGGAAGACGCUCGCAAGAGGCGCUGGUCAGCCUCAGACGUCAUAGACGAGGGCCCCCCUUUAAAGAAACGU